UUCUUCACCCGCUUGCCUUGUCCAUCCCUUCACUGGCAUUGGAACCUGCUUCAUGAUUCUAGAAAAUACAGAAGACUGCCUGAGACACCCAGCCUUGUGGGACUGAGCAACUACUAGAUUCUUGGACUUUCUAUUCACAGCUAGCCAUUGUUGCACUACAGCCUAUGGCAUCUGAGGCAGAGCCCAGCCCCCUGGGCAUGUUUGAGUGCCAGCUCUGUGCCUUGACAGCUCCUUACAGUUACGUGGGACAGAAGCCCCCAGACACCCAGGCUGUUGUCCUCCUGGAGGAGAGCUACAUCAUGAAGGAUCCCUUUUCUUCAGACAAGGCCAGGUUUCUGGUCCUGGGCGCACGGUGCAGUGUGUGCGGCAAGCUGGUGUGUGUGGGCCCGGACUGCAGCCUAUUCUACUCCAAGAGGAUCUGCCUCCCCUGUGUUCAGGAGAAUAUCAGUGCUUUCCCUCAAGAAAUACAGCAGGAUGUGGAGAAGAGAAAAGGGGCCUCCAAGAGGCCCUCCAGCCAUCCCUGACUGACAGGCACACAGCCUCCUGUGCAGCAUGGGCUGACUCGGCCAGGGUUCCAGCUGGGAGAUGUGUAUCUGGCCUCCUCUGAACUGUGGAGUACCUGCAGCCCAAGGAGCUGGCCAAGCCUGAGGACAGACAGCAGGAGUGAAUCCAGCUGCAGCUCUGGUGGAGGCCAGGAGUGAGGGACAGGGAACCUUCUUCAGUGGACAGUUGGUAGAACUUCCUGUACAUGUACCUGUGGGAGACACCUGGCUUCUCUCCAGGACUUCCAAGUAACAUGAUGUCAUCUGCCUAUAGGGAAAUCAGCCUCUGAGGGCCAGUGGCAAGACCAGAGGGCAUGCAAGGGUUAUGUCACAUCCUGUGCAAUGCCUAGGAAGUGAUUUAAACCCUGACUUUGUGUCAUGUUUAUAAUUAAAAACCUGAAAAAUAA